AUGAUCUCCAUUGAGACUCAACAUUUUAAUUUCAAUCGGACUCUCCUACUCGCAAUCGGUUUAUGGCCACAUCAGAAAUCAAAAUUUGGUCGACUUCAGACAACUUUGUGUUUUGGUAUUCUGACAAGCUAUGUUAUAUUCCAGUUCACAGCGUUGAUAACAAGAAAAUGUACUGCUGAUCUUAUCAUCAAAAUUUUUUCUUCCGCAACAUUCUUUUGUUUUUAUAUAAUUAAGUACAAUAUGUUCUGGAUUAACACUCAUCAUGUGAGAAAUUUGUUGGAGCAACUACAGUUUAUCUGUAACGAAUUAAAAGACAAAAACGAAUUUGCAAUCAUUAAAAAGUAUGGAAAUAACGCAAAACUUUGUACAGCCAUAAGUUCAUUGUUCGCCAUAUGCAGUACAUUUUCUCUUAUUUUACUGCCAAUUUGGCCACAGAUCUUUAGUACUGUCUUGCACAUAAACGAGUCUCGAAUACAGAGUCAGGCAAUACAAAUCACAACUGAAUACUUCGUCGAUCAAGAAAAAUAUUUCUAUUUAAUUUUACUGCAUACAAACACGGUUAUUUGUAUUGGGGCGACUACGUUGACAGCGACGGGAACAAUGCUCUUAGGAUGCGCCAUACACGCCUGUGGAUUGUUUAGAGUUGCAAGUUAUCGUAUGGAACAAAUAAUGACAAUCAAAAUGCUCCAAAAUACUAACUUGAAGAAUAGGAUUAUGAUAUGUAAUAAAAUAUUUUACGCCGUCAAAAUCCAUCGCAAGGCUUUGAAGUUUACCGACAUAUUGAUAUCUAGUUUUGAAGGAUCGUUUUUACUAUUAAUAACAGUUAGUGUGAUUUGUUUGAGCCUGAAUAUUUAUGCAGUUUAUCGGAAUGCAUUGCUUGGAAAUGAGGAAGCUAUUUUAUUACACUUUAUAGUUAUAUCUGUCAUGCUUUUAUAUUCGUUUAUAGCUAACUAUGCCGGGCAAGAAAUUACAAAUCACAACAAUCACGUAUACUUCACAGCGUACAAUAUUCAAUGGUAUAUGGCACCAUUACAUGCACAGAAAAUGAUACUUUUUAUUUUGCGAAGAGGCAAUCAAGCUUCCAAUUUAAAUGUUGCCGGACUGUUUGUACCAUCACUAGAAAGUUUCGCCAUGCUAACAAAAGCAUCGAUGUCUUAUUUCACCGUUUUAUAUUCUAUGCAACAAUGAUACGAAGACAUAUUAUCUGAAAAAUCGGCCAGAAAAUAUUUUUUAAAAUAAUAAAAUGUGAAAUAUUAAAAUGUGUGUGUGUG